UUAGUUUAUACGGGACGCCGAUCAAGGCCGAUGAGAGGCGGCAAUGACAGUUUGUGGAUGUAGAUUGUGUUACAUCGAGAAGCGGGCACCAGUCGCAUAUCCAUUCUGAUGAGGUCACCAUUGUUUUUUGUGAUCUUGUAAAACAGUGCUUACCCUUCAUCCAGUUUAUCAGAGUGGGUGGUCCAGUGGUACCGCAAUAAUUUCCUGUCCUGUGUUGGAAACAUGCCCCUUUUAGUGACUGAUAUGGAUGCCGGCCGUGAUGCACCAACAAUCUCCAGUUUACAAGAUCACAAAGGUUCCCUGGAAAUGUACAAAGAGGAGUUAAAAGAGACAAGACUGCAGAUAAGCACAAGUGCAGAUCAAUCAGCAGAAGCACUAGAGUCAGCAAUGAAAACCAUAAUGCAGCAGCUGGUGAUGGCAGUGCAAGAACGGAAGGCUCAGCUUUUGGCAGAGAUCUUGGAUGUGAAGAAAAUGGCUCUUGCUGAAGCUGACCAUUAUGGAUUGGCAGUGGAUGAACAGCUGAAGAAGACUGAAGAAGUGCUGAACAGUCUUCAGUCAGCCAAUGGCAUUGAUGGCCAGCCUGAGGCUUUGGAUCCAGUUGAGGACAUAUCUCUGCCGCCGCCGUCGGGUCUGCCGCGGCCGGCCCUGCACGUGCCGGUGGCGGCACCGCCGGCGGCGCUGGCCGCCCUGCGGCAGCUGGGCCGCGUCGAGAGCACCGUGACCGUGAACGGCCUGCGCACGGAGCCGAGGCCGGGCGCCGUGCUGGUCACCUGGGCCCAGGACGAGGACGUGGACCGGGACACAGAUGGCAGCACCUACCGGCUGCAGUACUGCUACGGAGACGCCAACAAGCUCGCGUCCCCUGUCUUUCAUCUGGCUUACGAAGAGUGGUCGCCCAGCCCGGAGUACACGCUGUCGGACGCGGGCCGCAUCGCGUGCCGCUCGGGCGCCGGCACCGGAGAGGUGUAUGUGGACGGGAGGCGGCGUCAGAUGCGCCUGCCGCCGCUGCGGGCCGGCUCUCAGAUCACCUUCACCACGGAGAGGCGCGACAACGACACGACGCGGGUCUUCCUUGAGACGGACGACAAGCAGUCCUAG